GUGGUGCUAGACAACACAGCUCUCAACAGGAUAGCAGCCGAGAGACUGAAGAUACAGAAACCUACCUUUUCUCAGAUCAACCAACUGGUGUCCACAAUUAUGGCAGCUAGCACCACGACCCUGCGUUACCCUGGUUACAUGAACAACGACCUCAUUGGAAUGAUAGCGUCUCUCAUUCCCAUACCUCGUCUCCACUUCCUAAUGACAGGGUACACCCCCCUCACCACUGACACUACUGGAGCGAGUGUGCGUAAGACGACAGUUCUGGAUGUGAUGAGGAGACUGUUGCAGCCCAAGAACGUGAUGGUGUCCACACCACGACAGAGGCAUCACAACCACUGCUACAUCUCCAUUCUCAACAUCAUUCAGGGAGAGGUGGACCCAACGCAGGUUCACAAAAGCCUCCAGAGAAUCAGAGAAAGGAAACUGGCCCAGUUCAUUCCCUGGGGACCUGCCAGCAUUCAGGUGGCGUUGUCCAGAAAGCCUCAGUCAGAUCAGCGUGUCAACCGUGUCAGUGGCCUAAUGCUGGCCAACCAUACCAGCAUCUCUUCUCUGUUUGAGUCGACGUGCAGUCAGUUUGACAAGCUGCGGAAGAGGGAGGCAUUUCUGGAGCAGUUCAAGAAGGAGAGGAUGUUCAGUGAGGAUCUCUCUGAGCUGGACGACUCCAGAGAGGUGGUACAGGAAUUGACAGAUGAGUACAUUGCUUCCACUAGAGCUGACUACAUCUCCAGAGGCUCUGCUAAGGUUGAGGGAGCUGCCAAGCCAUGA